AGGCUCAAAGAUCUGUCCAAAUCUUAGGUGGCAAUGGCAUCACCACGAGGCCGAAGCGGCAAAUUAUAGGCACUGUGCGUGCGGUCUCCCUCUCUCCGCUCUUCAUUUCUCCUCAUUCUGUAAGCUCAGAUGACUCUCUCUCUCUCUCUCUCUCUCUCUCUCUCUCUCCUGAGUCGAGGGUUUGAAGCUGAACCCAGUCUACACGUGGUCUGCUGACUCUGAUCUGUCUGUCCCGAUCGCGUCUCUCUCGCCUGCGCUUGAGGGACUGUAGAAUUUCCUUGCCUCUUUUACAUUAUCUCGUAAAACCCUAAAAUGCUUCUACUCUGAAUGCUUUUAUUAUGGUUUUGAUUGAUUAGAGAUGUCGAUUUCGAGGUCAUAACCUUAGUGGCCUUUUUAUUUAUUUUUUAUUUUUUUGGUGUUAAAGUUAGGGUUUGAUUUGUUGGACCGAAACAAGGUAGGGUUUUUUUUUUUUUUUUUUAUGUUCUGGCUGCAAUAUUAGGGUUUCGUAUCUGGGUUUUGUUGAAUUUGUAAUGGGGGACGAGACGCCGAACACAAUGAAUCUGGACUUGAAUUUGGGUCCCUUUCCCUCUCCUGAUGAUGAACAAGAGUCCGGAUCGGUAUCCAAUGAUUCUGUGAGCUUGGAGGAUUGGAUGGAUGGGCGUGUUAAUCAACUCCGUCAAGUUCUCAGGCUGACUAGGCGGCGGUGGCGGCGACAGGACCCAGUUCUCCCUCGAAAUAGAGACGUUUCCCUGGAAUUUUUAGUCAAUUCUAGUUCUGAUGCUGGCGUUGGCGGUGGCUUGCAAACUGGGGAAGCUAGUGUAUCCCCCGGAGAAAGAAAUGCUGAAGUAAUAAAAACAUGUGAGAAUGAUCCAACCCAUGUAGAGAAUGACGGAGUAGGGAAAAAUGGCAGCGAGGAAAAGGGUAACGGUGAGGGAGGAAGCUUUUUUGAUUGUAAUAUAUGCCUGGACAUGGCAAAGGAACCUGUUGUCACAUGUUGUGGUCACUUGUUCUGCUGGCCAUGCCUUUAUCGAUGGCUGCAUCUUCACAGCUUUGCUAAGGAGUGUCCAGUGUGCAAGGGAGAAGUGACGAGUAAGAGCAUUACCCCAAUAUAUGGGCGUGGCAGUAAUACUUGUGGAAUAGAAGAGGAACAGAGUGUUAAAGUGCCCCUUAGGCCCCAUGCUCGGCGGGUUGAGAGCUGGAGGCAAACUCUUCAGAGGAGUGCAUUUUCUUUUCCAAUGGAGACAAUGAUUCGCCGCCUUGGCAGUAGAUUUGAUUUGACAAGGGAGUUGGUACAAGCCCAGCAACAGAACCGAGAGGGUGCCCCUGAUUUGCCUGACAGCAAUAAUUCCUUGCUCAAUAGAAUUUUGACUUCUAGGGGAAUUCGCAGAGAACACAACCCUAUGAUGUCACCUGAUGUGGUUUUUGUUGACUUAACACCGAGCAACACUGCUGACUCUGAGGUUGGUGAAAGCCGCCGCCUUUCAUCCCUUUUACUUCGAAGAUCACAGACGCAUAGAGCUGCUACAAUUUCAAAUCUUACAUCUGCGUUGAAUUCUACUGAAGCACUAGUUGAGUCAUAUUUUGGCUUUCAUCCUUUAGAAAGGAACCAAGAACAGCCUCCACCACCAGUUGAUGAUAGGGAUUCCAUGUCAAGUAUUGCUGCUGUUAUACACUCUGAGAGUCAGACUGUAGAUACUGCACUUGAAAUAGAUUCUACAGUCUCCCGUUCUACUUCGUCAUCUAGAAGAAGAAAUGAUGCCUCAAGGGUUUCAGAUGUGGACAGUGGAGAUUCUAGAGCACAUAGAAGGAGGAGAUUGAACUGAAUCAGAUACUUGCAUAUUAUUUCAGAAUCUCAAGAUGAUCCAAUAUUCUCGUGGGAGUGCUAUAACUCAAAGGGAGGAGAAAGAUCAGAAUGUGUUGGAUUUAGUGGAAGCAGGUGAAGAGACUUUUGAUUUUGAUAAUUCUGCUGAUGUUGAUAACUCAAGGCAACAGGAAGAACCUAGGAAUACUGGACUGGACAGACUUGAUAAAGGAGAAAUCUUGACUUAUUUUCGGAGGAAACAAGCCAAUCAGAAAAUCUACCAAGCCAAGAAGAUUGCUAGAACCUCAUUGAUACUGCAACUUUGUGUCAACUUACUGUAAAAUCACCCCCUAAUUAGGGUAAAACAAAUGCUCUCCGAGUGGCCUAGACCUGCAUUGCCAAUUGGCCUGUGAAGCCACUAUCAUCAAGUGAAGUGAAGCUAUAUGAGUUCUCUUGUAGCUCGGUCGUCCUGUUAAGUUUUUAAAGUUACAAUGCCCUUCUUUUCCAUCGAUCCGUACUGAUGUUUCUCAAGACUUUCCAAUUCCGUUUUGAUAGUUCGUAUAGCCCCCUAGUAACUUCAAAUUUGAAUAAACCUCAUAGAUUUAACUGCUGCAUUGAAUCAUCGAACAAACUUUUUUCAAUGCUUAAAUUUUACUUUAAAAGUAUGCGUAUU